AUGGUCCAGCCCACAAUUCACAGAUACUUCCGUUCGCCGCGACCAACUCAGGCGCUCCCCAAAGAGACUUUCCUCCGCCUCCCGUUCAGCCUCCGGCGUAAAAUCUAUCUUCUCGCAGGCCUCCCCGUCGACUCCACAAUCUACCUCAACUUCAUCCCUUCAAGUGAGGAACACUGCGUUCAAGAAUACAACCCCCUUGACAUUGAACACUGGCCAACGGAACCCAACAUCAGGCCUCGAAGCCACAGUCUCUCCCACUUCCUAGACGGCUAUCUCCCUUCGACUCACAUUCGCCUCAAUAGACAUUGUGUAUGUGCAGACUACGGUUCCAAAGCCACGCGCAACGCCAAUAGCAGCUGUAGUGAUAAUGUCUGCACAUGCACUCCCUUGCCAUGGCAGCUGCUCUACGUCUCCAAAACCGUCGCGGACGAGGUAUCCACAAUCUUCUACUCGUCGAAUCACUUUAGCAUCUUUCGAGAGAGUCUCGGUCGCCUCUCUGGUCUUCACUCACUUCCCAAAUGGGCGCUUGCAAAAAUGAGGAGCCUGUCUCUUUGCCUGAAUUACUCCGACCCAGAUCCAAUUCAGUAUUUCAAAGAAAGAUAUUGGUGUCACGCUACAUGCGCUGCAUCUCAUCAACAUCGACUGUUCAGCAAGGCCAAGGCCCAUGACGAGGCCUCUUCUAUCGACGAAUUAGAACACCUGUGUCAAGUCCUACGCACACACAUCCAGCCAAAUCAGCUGAGACUCUCAUUCACAUGCGAUGUGGCGGAUAUCGAGAUCGCAGAAGAGGUCCUCCGUCCGCUCUCCCAGCUUCCACAUCUGAGAGAAUGCUCCAUCCUUCUCGGCUUCCAACACUCCCCUACCGAUACAGAACAUAUUCCUCUUCUCCAAGAACUCGCAAAAAAACAUGUUACCCACCUAAUGAAGCCUUCCAUCCCGACAACAUUCGACUUCACCGCCCUUCCACCCGAAAUCCAGCUCCAGAUCCUGUCUUAUACUCCGCUGGUGACUCCCUACGAGCUAGUCUGCGGUCUCAACACGCCCGUCUCCACUUCCAUCCAAUCCCCCUUCUACGAACCGCGCACCUUCCCCUACCGGUCCUACCCUUCUGUGCCGGAAUGCUGUCUUACCUGCUCCCCUUCCCCCUCCCCUGCCCAAAAACCUAACGGCUGCGCAUGCUGGAGCAAGCACACAGCUUUCUCCUCAACGUGUACCUGUUGGCGCUUCCCACUCUCUCUCUUCCUCGUAAGUAAGAGCGUGAAAGAGAUGGCCGAGUCGCUAUUCUAUGGCCGGAAUCAUUUCUGGGUCCUGCCGAGAGGGUGGAAUGCAAGUCACAAGUUAGAGAUUUGGAAUUUUUUGACGCGCGUAGGGGGGGUGAGGAGGUAUCUGAGGAAUUUGACGUGGGAGAUGAGUUGGAGUGUGAGGGAGGAGUGGGGUGGCUAUCUACAGGAAGGAGAUGAGACGUAUGGACAAUGGCUCGCAACACUGGAAUUUCUUCGAGAAAUGCCACCAGGACAGCUGACGUUGACGAUCGACACCAAAUUCUCGCAGUCGGAAAUCUACUACGCCAAUGGAGGCUGGGAGUACGGGGAUAGCGGUGUGGUCGUGCCGGACGCCGCCUACACCUCCGAAGCCGAAUAUACCUUUUCCGUCUCCCAGGCGAUCGCGAAAGACUUGAUUAAACAUGAUGUGAAGCUGAAGGAUCUCUUCUGGCAUUUCACCUGGCCGAGAAUAGGGGAAUGGCAAGGAGAGGGCGAAAUGGGGUUAGGGAACGCCCGAGAUGGAGAGGGGAAGGCCAGGGAUAAGGGGAGGGUGCUCGAGAAGAUGGUUAUGGGCCCGCUUUAUGAAGGGGAAGAGAGAGGAAAAUAUGAGAGGAGGAAGGAGUGGAAUGGGUAUCGGGACCACCAACCGCCUUAUUGA